CUCCUCGUUCCUACUUCUCCUUCUGCCGGUGCAAAGCAGAAGCAAAAACUCACUGGAAGCUUUAAAAAGGCUGCUGCUUCCAGCGGCUUCAGUCUCUGACGUUAACAGCUGUGGACACGACGGGAACGAUGGACCUGGAUUCUCAUGUCAACGGAGGCGUCCUGAUUCUGCACCAGAUCCACGAGGGAAAGCACCAGUAUGAAGUGGAAAAGGUGGUCAAGUCCACAAAAGAGAACAGGAGUAAAAUGUUUGCCAGGAGAGGAGACAAACUGCUGCAGAUAAACGGCAUCGACCUGCAGGAUCUCACACCCGAGGAGUUGGCACAACUGUUAGCGGAAGGAAACCCGAUGCUGACGGUGCACAAGGCGGGCAGGAUAAAGGAACAAACAGAGCAGCCGCCUCCAGACGAGGACACUUUGCAUCCCGUCUCCAAAGAGUCCACGAUGCUGAACUUUCACUGGGAGAUGAGAAAAGAGGAAGAGUUGGAGAAUGAAGUGGAGAAGGAGGGAGGGAAAGAAAAAGAGAAUGGGGCCGCAGAAGAGGACGUCAGCCAAACUCAGAAUGAGGAAGACGAAGAGGAGGAGGAGAGAGAUCUGCUCAUCAUUACGAUGACCAAAACCAGCAUCUCUGUGGUGAGAGGAAGAGGCUGCGACAGCGGGGGUCCGUGUCAGGGAUGUGGCAGGAUGGGAUGCACUUUAAAUGACGUUGUUGUGGUGUCCGAAACCAGCACAGUGACGCUCGUUCCAAGAGGAAGUGGCAGUUUCAGACAGGAAAAAAUGUCAAAUGUUUUAAUCGAGCACGUCGAUAGUCACCGAUACCUCAGAGGUCAAUGUUCACAGAGGAGCCUCUACGUUUCACCGAACCCAGAAAAGAUUACCAUCUACUACUACAAGUCAAAUGUUAUGGAAAGGAGUUUCCGAGGAGUUCCAGUCGUCCUGAACCUCACCAGUUCAGACUGCUUCCUCAGCUGCUGCAAGGACGGGGACAGAGUGUUCCUACAAGUGGAGCAGUGUGAACAGCAGAGGCUGAAGCAGAUCUCCAAGAGCGACGUGAGCGCCCUCUCCUUCGUCUUCUACAUGAAGUCCAACAAGACCAAACAGCGCAAGUUCGAGUCGGUGCUGCACCCCGGCUGGUUCAUCCACAUCGUCACCGAGACGGAGUGCGUGGAAAUGGCAACGCUGGAUGGCCGCGUGGAGGAUCAUUCGUUCCUCUUUGUUAUUCAGAAGUGAUGGAGAGCCUCUUUUUUCAGACUUACUCCAAGUUCUCAGUCAUGUUACUUUAACAUUUGAAAAUCUUGUGUGAAUAUUAUUUGUGAUUUAAAUUUUAUAUGCAAAAUAAAUAAAUAAAGGCAGGAGAGGAGCUCUUUUGUUUUAGUGACAGGAAACCAGUGAAAUUCUGCUAUUGCAGAAAAGCGUAAAUAUGUAUCAUACAACCAUGUAUUCAGUUCUGUUGAGUGGUUUUUAAAGAUUGUUUUUUUUUUUUACAACCAAUAUUAUAUAAGGAUUUUAAAUGAAAGGAGAUGUAAUUUUCAUUAAAAAACAUACAUUCAAAGAUUAAGUAUAAAAUCAAAGAAAUGUAAUAAUACACUUUUCAGUGUUUACUAUCAUAAGAUAUUGUGAGAUAAAUUACAUAAACAGUCCAAAGAAUCCAAUGCAAGUGAGUUAGAUACUAAAACAUGUACUCUGUAUCCAAUUGAUCACUGGAAAUUACACUUUAAGCCUCGGAUCAUAUUGAAUGUUAACUCAUAAAGAUGUACUACGCUUCUACUUGCAUACUGUGAACUUAAAAUACCUGUUUUGUUAACAUGCAUAUUUUAUCUGUGCAGUAAAAUCACCAGCUUUGGUCAACAGUGUUUUGUAACUAGAAGAAUCAGCUUAAUUUUUUUAAAAAAAUGCAAUAUUUCAGGCGUAGACUUGACAUAUGCAUUUUCAAAAAAUGAAGCACUGACACUUUGCAGUAUUUCAAAAUAUUAUUUUCAUUUCACGUUUCACUUUUCUUGUGCACAUUUCAGGUGCAAAAUGAAAACAUGAAAUUUGAUAUUUUAAAACAAGUAUCAAAUAUAUUACAAACACCCCUGACCAUUAAAGGCUCCAUAAAAUAUUAAAAAGACUUAAGAGACAAAGACAUUUCUUGAGAAAUUCACAUUCCAACAGUCAGACAGAAGAUGAGAUGUUUUGAAUCCUAAAAAUGUCAUAAUCUGCAAAUCAAAAGCACUUAAUUUGAAAGGUAAAUUGGAAAAACUCUUCCUUCUGAAACAACCUUUAUUAAACAUAAACCUUGAAACAA